CCGCUGGUGCGCCAGCGCUCUGACCGUGCGCCCCGCUGUGCGAAGCCGGCGUCUGUCUUUCGCCUAGUCCGCGGAAGCGUCUUGCUCUUCGCGGCUUCCAGAGACGGAUGUCCGCCAGUAAGUGAAAAAAAGCGGUUUCCUCCGCCUUCCUUCGGCUCUCCUCUGUUCUACCCACUGCGGGCCGCUCCUGCCUCGGAAUGCGCUGAGCCACGUCGCUCUGGCUCGGGGGCGCUUUUGCGUGCUGCGCUGAGCACACCGGUCCAAGAUGAAUAAAGAUCAAGUUGCGCUGAUUGGUCAGGUGUUUGAAUCUUACAUUUCAGAAUACCACAAGAAUGAAGUCUUACAGAUCUUGAAAGAAAGAGAUGAGGAUACUCACUAUCCUGUAGUAGUUGAUGCUAUGACUCUUUUUGAGACGAACAUGGAAAUUGGGGAAUAUUUCAAUGCAUUCCCCAAUGAGGUACUCCCUAUUUUUGACAGCGCCUUAAGAAGGGCAGCCCUGACAAUUCUGCAAUCUCUUUCACAACCUGGGGAGUUUUGUAUGAAGCAGAAUCUUCAUGCUAGGAUAUCAGGUCUCCCUGUCUGUCCUGAACUGAUGAGAGAGCAUAUUCCUAAAACCAAAGACGUGGGACAUUUUUUAUCUGUUACUGGGACAGUUAUUCGUACCAGUAUGGUGAAGGUCCUGGAGUAUGAACGGGAUUACAUGUGUAACAAGUGCAAACAUGUUUUUGUGGUCAAGGCUGACUUUGAGCAGCAUUAUACAUUCUGUCGUCCAUCAUCAUGCCCCAACAAAGAAGGCUGCAAUUCUUCUAAAUUCACUUGUCUGUCAGGCACAUCAUCUUCUCCUGCACGCUGUAGAGAUUAUCAAGAAAUAAAAAUUCAGGAACAGGUCCAAAGGCUAUCUGUGGGAAGUAUUCCACGAUCUAUGAAAGUUGUCCUAGAAGAUGACUUAGUAGACAGUUGUAAAUCUGGAGAUGACCUCACCAUUUAUGGGGUAGUGAUGCAACGGUGGAACCCUUUCCAUCAAGAUGUUCGGUGCGAUGUGGAGAUAGUCUUGAAGGCCAAUUAUGUCCAAGUGAAUAACGAACAGUCCACAGGCAACAUCAUUGAUGAAGAAGUUCGAAAGGAGUUUGAGAAUUUUUGGCAGCAUUAUAAGAACGAUCCCUUGGCAGGAAGGAAUGAAAUUCUGGCUAGCUUGUGUCCUCAAGUUUUUGGAAUGUAUUUGGUAAAGCUUGCUGUAGCCAUGGUGCUUGCUGGUGGCGUCCAAAGGACUGAUGCUACUGGAACAAGAGUCCGAGGUGAAUCCCAUCUUUUACUGGUUGGAGACCCUGGUACAGGGAAAUCUCAGUUUCUCAAAUAUGCAGCAAAGAUUACUCCAAGAUCUGUGCUCACCACGGGAAUUGGAUCUACCAGUGCAGGCUUGACAGUUACUGCUGUAAAGGAUUCUGGGGAAUGGAAUUUGGAGGCUGGAGCAUUAGUCCUUGCAGAUGGAGGUCUUUGCUGUAUUGACGAAUUUAACAGCCUCAAGGAGCAUGAUAGAACCAGUAUCCAUGAAGCAAUGGAACAACAGACCAUCAGUGUUGCUAAAGCUGGCCUUGUAUGCAAACUGAACACAAGAACUACCAUCCUUGCAGCCACGAACCCCAAGGGCCAAUAUGACCCCUGUGAGUCAGUCUCAGUGAAUGUGGCCCUAGGAAAGCCACUCUUAAGCAGAUUCGAUUUGAUCUUGGUUUUACUUGACACCAAAAAUGAAGACUGGGAUCGCAUAAUUUCUUCUUUUAUCUUAGAAAAUAAAGGUUGUCCAAGCAAAUCCAAAAACCUCUGGAGCAUGGAAAAAAUGAAAACCUACUUCUGCCUCAUUAGGAACCUACAACCCAAAUUGUCUGAUGUAAGCAACCAGGUUCUUCUCCGUUACUAUCAAAUGCAACGCCAGAGUGACUGUAGAAAUGCAGCCCGGACCACUAUCCGCUUACUGGAAAGCUUGAUCCGUUUAGCAGAAGCUCAUGCCCGGCUGAUGUUCAGAGAUACAGUUACUCUGGUAGAUGCUAUUACAGUUGUGUCAGUGAUGGAAUCCUCAAUGCAGGGAGGUGCUCUUCUGGGAGGUGUGAAUGCGCUCCAUACAUCCUUUCCUGAAAACCCCCUGGAGCAGUACCAAAUGCAGUGUGAAAUGAUUCUGGAAAAGCUGGAGCUUCAGAAUCUUCUGAGUGAAGAACUAAGAAGGCUUGACAGGCUAAAGAACCAAAAUUCACUCUUGUCACAGCCUGGAGAGAUGGGAAUAGAAACCACUUGUGGGUCUUUGGGAAAUGAUUGGAUGGAAAAACCAGAGCAUAAAUCCCAGCCCAAACCUUCCGAACAACAAGAAGCCAACUGUAAUGCACAGACCUCCUCUGUUAGAGAAAACACCAAGAGCAGUGCACUCUUCAGAUCCCCAUUACACCAAGGGACAAGUGAAAAGAGAAGGACAGAACCCCCACGUAAACCAAAACAGAACAGAGACACCAGCUUGAAUUGGUUUGACUUCAUGGCAAGUGAACACAUAGAUUCUGAAAACAGCUUGGCUGUGUCUCCUAUUCCCAAAAUGACCGAGGACAGUGUGGCUUCGACGGCAUCCAAUAACAAAUCCCACAGCAAGGGAAAGAGAGCAAGGAACAAAGUGGAAACUGACCAGCUUCCAGCAGCAGCCGAUACAGAUGCUCUAUUGACGCUCAAGAGGCCUUUUCAUUUUGCUAAAAAAAACCCCAAGCAGUCAGAAACAGUUACUAAGGAAACAGUGUCUCCCGAAAGGUCUGACUCGGUGAUUACUCAGCAUGUCCCUAAGAGACGGCAGAAAUCCCAGGAGUUCUCUGAAAAGGCACCACGCUCCCAGAUUAUUUUGCCUCUUCCUCCUGCUGGGGUAACUGGGGCAGUGUUAAACUCAGAAUCUGGUUUAACUUUCCCUAACCAUGCUCUACAGAGGAAUCCUUCAGAGGAAAGUCUGGCAUCUGCCAUGAGAAAAAGACACAAAACUGAGGAGGGCGAAGUAGAGAGGACAAAGGGUGCCCCUGACGAAGAGAGUGAUGAGGAUCCAAGUCCCCCAUUGGCUAAGCUGGCCAAGUUUACCUUCAAACAUAAGUCAAAGCUGACCCACUCUUCUGCAAACAACAAUCAUGCUGCUCUUCCUGAUGCAUGUAAAGCUUCAGUGACACUUCCUGGCACUUCUAGCCAUAGAACACAUGAAGGACAGACAAAGGAAGAAGAAAGGUGCCCCAGGAAGGGUCCAGAAAAGCCAGUGUCCAUUUCCGGGAACAGAAAGUUAAUGGAGCUAAAGCCCAGUGAGACUAGGGAGGUGGCACAGCAGCCACAAAAGAAAGAUGAGGCAAGAGAGUCUGGCCUGGUCACUCACACUAAAUCUGGGGUUGCAAACCAGGCUGACCAUUGCCUCUUUGCUGGUGAGAGAGAAAAAAAGGAUUCAUCCAAUCCUAAAAGCAAGGUUCGAGCUUGUACGUUAGCUAAAUUAGCAAGCUUCUCCUUUACUAGCCCUUCUGAAUCCAAACCAGGGACCCCACCUACUCCUGGCAACGCAAACUCUAGUGAGGGAGGCCUGAGCCACCCUCCUAUGGGCCCAGCUGUAGCCCUCGGCAAAAGGAAAACUUUUCAGUUGGCGGGGGCUGGAGAGAAAGUUGUCAUUUCAGGAAGAUCUCUCUUCACCUUAACAGAACUCGAUGAUGAUGAUGAUGACACAUUAGAUUUUGAUUGGGAGGAAGAAAUGAGGAAGAACCCCAAAUUGUAGAGUUCUACCAUUCUUCAAAAGAUCACAUUCAGAGUAUCAGUGAUAGGUUCCCUUGUUGGUGUGACUAACAGCAAAGCUUCCAAUGAAGAAAAGACAGGACUCAUCCCAGACACUCCAUCAGGUUUUGUGAUUUUCACUUUGAGCUCCUGUGUGCCUCUACACAAUUUGAAAAAGUUGUGUGGUCAUUUUAAGUCAGUCUAGUGACAUCAGCUCAUAAGAAAUCACUCAUUCACCUUGUUCUUAAUUUCUGUUAACAAACGGCUUGUAUUCCAGCAGAUGCUUUCUGCUCAGUUGGUCUCUCCUGGUUCCCUUGUUAAAGUGGGCUGAGGGCAAGAAAAAUCAAAUGAACUUUAAUUUUUAGCUCCCUACAUCUUGAUUCUUUGGGUUGUAUUAUAGUGAAAUUACUGCCAUUAGGGUAUGUGUUUUGCUAAUAUCAUGUGACUUUUUUUGCCUAUCAUUUUUUGUGUUUCUUGUCACAUGUCUGAUUUAGAUUUUUCUGAAAUUUUUUCUUUUUCUAUGAAUUUGUCUUCCUCAUUCCAUGGUAAUGACUAAAGUAUUCAAUUACUGUUCUUUGUCAGCUUUGUGUUAUGUUGGCCUUGAGUUAAACUUUUCCAGGAUUUUCAUCUCAUUUAAGGGCUGCCAUUUUCUAUCUUAGGGUGUACUUUUCAUUCAGUUUGUUUCCUAGAAUGAGAAGGGAAAAGAAAAAGAUGUGGAAUAGGGCUAAGUCACACACAAAAUGGAAUUGUGAGCCCUACUUGAGUGAUUUUUGCCCCAAAGCUUAUUUGGUGGCAAGAGGUCACUUCAGCUGUUUUUCUUAACUGUUUUAAAAUUAAUCCUUUGGGUUCCCAUGUAUUUUUCUAGUGCUUCACAGGGCUUCUAGGGCUUCAUCAUCAUGAGGUUUUCUCAUCUGAAGAAUAAAUUUUCAUUUUUGUGUGCUUACCCAAGCCAUCAGGAUGGGGAUGGGGAGGGCCUGUAGUAUAAAUGACCAUAAAUGUAUAUUGAAGGGAAGAAAAUUUAAGAAUUAUUCCUUAACUCUGAAUCAUCAGCUUGUCAGAAGGUAUUUAUUUCAAACCUAUGAUCUCAUUGCAAACACUUUCAUAGUGUCAGAACAUUUAAACACUCUAAAAGUUAUACCAUCUCCUGUUUCUCACACUGUGUACUGCACCAGAUUCCACUCUAAUGUGCUUGUGCUAAAGCAUGGACUGGGUGAUAAUGUAAAUGCUACUGUCUCCUAAUGAAUAUAUGUCCAUGUGCCAUUUUGUGAAUGUGCAGUGACAUGGGAGAAUUUCCUUCUUCUCUUCAUGCUUUCUUGAUUUCCUUCCUUCUUGCCUACCUACCUGUCUUCCUUUUUGCCUUUC